GGUUAUCCACCGAUAUUCAACGAAAAGAUUCGUGACAAGGCAUACAACGUGGGUGAGAGUUGUACAUUGAAAGCUACUGUUGUUGCCAGCCCUAAUCCGCUGAUCACCUGGUUUCGAAAUGACGAACUACUAAGUGAAGGAGGCAGGGUGAAGAUCGAAAAAGAUGUUGGUAGAGGAAAAUACUCAUUAACUAUCCUGCAAACUAAGCCGAAUGACUUUGGGGUCUAUAAAUGUGUUGCUAGGAACAAGUAUGGCACUGUUACAUGUCGGGCUCGAAUGCUUUGUGGAAGUCAACCAAGCAGACCAGGCAGACCCCAUGUAACUCAAGUUUCGGACAAAGAAGUUUUUAUGAUAUGGGAAUCUCCAGAAUCCGACGGUAACAGCUACAUCCAGGCAUAUAAAGUUGACUGGUUUAGACCUGGUGACCACAGAUGGACAACAGCUACAUAUUCGAUUGAUGAAUGCGUCAUAGUUAAAAAUUUGAAACCCGAAACAUCAUACAGAUUCAGGAUCAGUGCCAUUAAUCAGUUCGGUCAGAGUCCCUACAGCUGGGCUUCCGUUGAAAUCAAGACGAAAAAGAAAGGGACAUGUUCCCUCAACAUCGAUGAGGAGACCAAAAAGAUUCUUUUGAGAUCACGACAAGCAGCUACGAGACCUUCUCCUGAACACACUCCUCCUCCUUGUGCAAGUAAUCAACCAAUUGCAAAGCUUCAUACAAACAGCAAAUCGUCUGAGAGCGCAAGAGGGCAGUUUUCAUUGCUGAUGAAUGCUGAGCUAAAUAUUCCAGGCUGUACCUCAAAACAAAUUGUUGUAAAGAUAACGGAGUACAACAAAUUAAGUCCCGGUGAAUGUUUGCGAGAAUACGAUAUGUUGAAGAUGGUCAACCAGGAACGCAUAACGCAAAUGGUAGCCGCUUUUGUUUGGAAAGAAUGCAUUGUGUUAGCGUUUGAAAAACUUUAUGGGGAGAACGUUGUUAGAUCGUUGUCAUUUAAGAACAAAUACGAUGAACACACAGUUACAACUAUUAUCAAACAAGUAUUAGAUGGUGUUCAGUAUUUACACCACCGAGGAAUUGUCCAUCUAAACAUCAGUCCAAACAAUGUAAUAAUGCAAAGCAGGAGAAGGUUUGAUAUUAAACUUACAGACUUUUCUUUGGCUCACAAGGUCACAACCUCUUCUGGAGAAUUUGUCGAAAGAGUCGGAGCUCCAGAAUUUAUGGCCCCUGAAAAAGUAUGCAAUGAAAAGGUUGGAGUUGCCGCAGAUGUGUGGGGUGUCGCUGUUUUAUCUUUCAUACUAGUCAGCGGUGUCUCUCCAUUCUACUCAGAUGGCAAUGAGGAAACGUACAACAGCGUGAAACACGUAAGAUACGACGUCCACUCUCUCUAUCAUAAUGUCACAAAGCAUUGUCUGAGAUUCAUUUAUCAGACACUCAGGAGGAGUCCCAAGAGUCGCUUGAAUGUGGAAGAAUGUUUGGAGCACAAAUGGCUGAUGUUGCAUCACUCCAUCAUUAAAAUGAAAAAAGCUUCUAUUUUUCCCACUGAUAAAUUGAAGUAUUAUCUUGAAGACUAUAAUAGUAAGUUCAUCAUUAUCUAUUAG